AUGUCAACGCUGAAAGGGAAGCCUGCGGGCGCUGUGGCGGCGGAACCAGACCAUGAUCUGGUAGUAGUGGACGAGUUCGACGCUUUAGCGAUCGAGUUGAAGAAGACCAGACCUACGGCUGGGGCUUCCCUGUCAGCCAAACUGCCCAUGGUCUGCUCUGAUACCAACGAGAAGUACCCUGCCAAAUUACAUGCGCGCAAGGUGGCGAAGCAUCUAGGUGUCGACAAUGGCCUUAUCUACCUGCCCGGUCUGCCUACCCAGACCUAUGAGGAUUCGGACCAAGCUCCUGUCUUCCGGCAACGGCGAUACUUCUACUACCUGAGCGGUGCCAAUUUUGAGGACUGCGCCGUAACCUAUGACAUUGCCAAGGACCGCCUGGUGCUCUGGAUCCCGUGGCUCGAGCCGAGACAGGUGCUCUACUUGGGCUCCGUCCCCACGCCAAACGAGUGCAAGGAUGCCAUCGAUAUUGACGAUGUCUGUUACGUCAAGUCGCUAGACAAGUUCCUCAAGCUCGUCCUCGGCCCCUCGCUGCCGCUCUACGUCCUCCACGAGAAGCAGAUCCCCCAGCUGGAGAACCUCCGCCGGCCCAUACGCAUCGACACCUCGAAGCUGCAGCCGGCCAUGGACUUGGCGCGCGUCGUCAAGACCGACUACGAGGUGUCGAUGAUCCGCAAGGCCAACGAGAUCAGCUCCGCCGCGCACAGGAUCGUGCUCAGCCGCAUCAAGGACCUGACGAACGAGCGCGAGAUCGAGGCCAUCUUCACGGGCUACUGCCUCGCCCACGGCGCCAAGCGCCAGGCCUACCCCGUCAUCGCCGGCUCCGGCCCCAACGCCGCGACGCUGCACUACGACGCCAACGACCAGCCCCUCGAGGGCCGGCAGCUCGUCUGCCUCGACGCCAGCGCCGAGUGGGGCCUGUACGCCAGCGACAUCACGCGCACCUUCCCCAUCUCGGGCCGCUUCAGCCCCGAGGCCAAGGCCGUCUACGCCGUCGUCGAGCGCAUGCAGCGCGAGUGCAUCGAGCGCGUGCGGCCCGGCGUGCCCUACUACACGCUGCACCUGCACGCCAUGCUUGUCGCCGUCGUCGAGCUCCUGCGCCUGGGCGUCCUGCGCGGCGGCAGCGCGCGCGACAUCGUGGCGCAGGGCACGGGCGCCGCCUUCUUCCCGCACGGGCUGGGCCACCACAUCGGCCUCGAGACGCACGACGUCGCGGGCCGGGAGCGCCUGCUGCUGUGCGCCGAGGAGCGCGGCACGGCGGGCCGCGCGGGCAAGAGGGAGUGGAUGUCGCCGCGGGCCAACGCGUCGCUCGUGCGCGACGCCAUGACGGUGCCGCUGCCGUACCGGGGCCGGCAGGUGCUCGAGGAGAACAUGGUCGUCACCAUCGAGCCCGGCAUGGAUUUUUUUUCUGACCGGGAGGAAAACGCAAAAAAAAAAAAUAGUUACUUCUGCCGCGAGUACAUCGAGGGCUUCUUCCUCUCGGACCCGGCGCACGCCAAGUACAUCAACCGCGAGCUGCUCGAGAAGUACUACCCCGUCGGCGGCGUGCGGAUCGAGGACUGCAUCCUGGUCACCAAGGACGGGUACGAGGACCUCACGAGUGCGCCAAAGGGAGAGGAGGCGCUGAGGAUCAUUAAUGGCAAGGAGUGA